AGAUAAAUAUUUCAAAUUUCAAAUAAAAGGUUCAAAUAAAAAUAUUUGCGAUUGUGUAUCUAUAAAAUUUAUCACGUGUUAUUAAUUGUAGUUUCUUCUGGUUUAUAAUUAAUGAAUUUUUUUUUUCUAUAAUAAUAGAAAGUAAUUUUGUAAGAUUUAUAUGAUGUGGUAUUGUUUAUUGUGUAUAUUUGAUUUUAUAAGAUUUCAAAAAUUUAUUUCAGAGUGAUACAUGUUAUUUAUUGAUCAAACAAUUUGUCCAAAAUGUAUAUUUUAUUAAUUUCAGAAAUGAAUACAUUUGUGUGUAAACUUAUUUUUUGUGCAAAAAUUGUAGAUUGUGAGAGUAUAAUACAACUGUUUGAUAAUUUAAUAAAAAAAAAUAUUACACAACAUAUUACAGGAUUACUUUUAGUUUAUUCUGAUUUUAUGAUUCAUUUAAUUGAAGCUUCAGAGGACGAUGUAUUUCAAUUGUGUCAUGAAGUAUUUACCAAUAAUUCAAGCAUAAUAACGAAUGUUAAAUGUUUGUACAUGCAAAAUAAUGCAAAGAAAAGAUUUUUUAAAGAAUGGUACUUUAAGAAAAUGAAGGAUAAUACUUUAAAGGAUGAUAAAUUAAAAGAACUUGAAGAUAAUUUUGAAAAUGUUUCCUCAACAUAUAAAGCAGUAGUUGUAGAUUUGUUUAAAUUGUACAUUGAACUAUGGCACAAGUUGCAAUUAAGGAAUUACGAAAAUUUUAAUGAAUAUUUAGAUAUAAUAACUGUAAAUGGUUAUCCGAACAUUCCAUCUAGAAGAAAUAUAAAAUUUAUACUUCAAAGUGUGUGGGGAUAUAACUUAACAACAUUAAUAGAAAAUUAUUAUAAUUUAAAUUAUGUCUCUAAUUUUGACAAUUAUUCUUCAGUUUCUGAAAUGAUACAGGAAAUUAAACAUAAGUAUAACGAAUAAUUGUGCAGUGCAAUUUAAUAAGCCAAUUAGAAACAGAUUAAUUUUUGUUUGACAUAUUUUUUUUAGAUUAUCAGAAGUCCACAAGAAAUCGUAACGACAGUUAUAUUACACCCUGUAUAACAAAAUAUUACAAAAUAAAAUUGUGAACUAUGCAUA